AUGGAAAGCCCCAAUUCUCGGUCCGGUAGUCGUGAUCGGAGUGUGACACCGCCUCACUGGCGUCAGGCCAGCCAGAACACACAACGAAUGGACAAUGAUGGUUGGCGUGCUUGGCACGAGCAGCGAGCUUUUCAGCGUAUGAAUAUGCCACGGGACGACGAACCGCGCUCGCCUCGGCUAAGUCCGUCCAAGGCUGAUCGUCGACUGGAUUCUUCACCUUCAGCUGCUGCAGCAUCCGCACGAAACCGCAGUCCUAGCGAGUCUCCGUCUAGACGUCAGAGUAGCGUCACAGAGCCACGAGACGUGAGUCGUGGAUUUGGUGGUCGUAAUCAACCAUCACCUAACCUCAGACAUCAAGAUACACGUUUACCCAGUCCUACAUUAAAAUCUCGGUACGUUGCUCCUGCGAGCGAUAUUUCAAAUGCAGUUUUAUAA